GUUCUUGUUUGAUCUAUUGCAGCUGUUUCCAUUCUUCUUCUUAUAUUCCAUGAAAAAAAGUUGGAAAUUUUAUGUAGAUUUUAGUAUCUUCGGAUGUGUAACCGGAUACCAAUUUCUCAAAUCAUUAAAAUCUCACAUUUUAACUUCAGUUUAAUCCAAUCGAUGUAAUUUUAGCUUCUGGGUACAUCUACUCCACGUUUUCUUAUUAAAAUUAGGGCUUUUUUUAAAAUAAAAAAAAAGUUCCUUUUUGAUCAUCCUUAAAUAACAUGGAUUACGGUAGAGAAAAUGUAGUUCAUGUGAUUCCCACAAAUGGACCCGAUAAUUGGGUUCCAAAUUCGACAGACCCUUCAGUUUGGGCAACGGAAGAAGAUUACCGUGCUUGGAACAACGAAGAAACAUCCACAAACUCCAGCUACGACCGAAGACAACCUCAAUCAUGGUCCAAUUCCGAGCUGCCACCGAACAAGAAACCAAGAAAUUCCCAGGAUUUAAAUUCCAGGUCCAAAGCCAUAGGCAAAAUGUUUUUCAAGACCAAGCUUUGUUGCAAGUUCAGAGCCGGUACUUGCCCCUACGUUACAAAUUGUAACUUCGCUCAUAGCAUUGAGGAGCUCCGACGCCCUCCUCCUAAUUGGCAAGAAAUAGUGGCUGCUCAUGAAGAAGAGAAAGGGAUUUCGUCAGAGCCAAGAGAAGAAUUCCAGAUUCCUUCUUUGGGGUCUAAUAUUUUUCCAGGGGAAACGCAGAGGUCGUACAAGGGAAGGCAUUGCAAAAAGUUUUACACAGAGGAAGGGUGUCCUUAUGGUGAUAGUUGCACGUUUUUGCAUGAUGAGCAAUCGAAGAAUCGAGAGAGUGUAGCUAUAAGUUUAGGACCUGGAGGGUUCAGUAGUGGUGGUGGGGGAGGAGGAGGUGCUGCUAGUGGCGGUGGCGGUGGCGGGAAUGUUUCGAAUGUUAAGCCUUCUAAUUGGAAGACCAGGAUUUGUAAUAAGUGGGAACUUACUGGUUACUGCCCAUUUGGAAAUAAAUGUCAUUUUGCACAUGGAACUGCAGAGUUACACCGAUACAGAGGGUCCGUUGCAGAUACAGAGGUUAAGGAUUCUUCUGCUGCCCCUUCUGAUUCAAAUCAAGUGGUAGGAGGAGUUCCUUCAAAGACUCCAACAGAUACUAUGGCUGCAUUAAUCCCUUCAGUUUCACAUUCAGAUGUUUAUCAUCUCGGAGUUACUUCACAGUGGACAUCUAUCGUACUCCAGAAACCAGGACAGAGAACUCUCCACAAAUGGAAAGGUCCGGAUAAAAUUAGUCGGAUAUACGGAGACUGGAUCGAUGAUAUUGAAUAAACACCGUUCUUUCAAGAGCCGAGAAAAACAAAAAAGGAAACGAGAGCUGAGAGCUGAAAUUCCUUCCACUAAGAAACUUUUCCUGGGAAAGUGAAUAAUUUUAGAUAUUCCUAGGACAGUUUGUGUCAUGUACCCUUCAGCUUAUUCACAUCUCGGCUGCAUAA